CAUUAGUGCGUUGUAGGAGUCGGUGGGAGAACGUUUAUAAUUUUUUCAAGUAGCUUGGUUGGACUAACAGAGGUAAGAUGGAAAUGAAGAACGGCGUCGCAGCCUUUUUCAUCUAUUUAAGCAUGUCGACGUCGAUUGGCCUUCCAACCUCUCAGAAUGUCGGGUCAAUAUCAUUCGAUGAUAUUAUCUCGUUCCAAUCUUGCUUGUGGAAACAAGGCUACUGUGUUGGGAGGGACUGGACUAGGUGCCUUAGUUCCAUACCGAUCGAGAAUCUCGCGGCUUGUUCGGACAGAGAGUGCGUUUUAAAUUGUGAGAAUUCUAAUAAUAUGGCAGAAUGUUUGAACGAAUGUAAGCUGAUCGAAGAAAAUAACUUUACUAGAACAUCUCACGUAUCUGAUAAAUUCAUUUGCAUGCUAAAAGAGCGUUGUUUAACGGAGAGGAAUGGAGAAUCAUGCAUGAGAGAGAAAUGUACCGAAAGUAAUAUGAGAAGGAAACGUUAUCGUUUGGGUCUAUACGAUUGUAUUGUUUCUUAUUGCGGUAGCAAAUCUGGCCCAAUGAGAAGAAUGUGUAUUAUUCAAAAGUGUAAUAGAGAAACUCUUUUGUAAUUACAAAAAAUAUAAUAUAUAUAUAUAUAUACAGUACAUUCAUAUAUAUAUAUACUUAAAAUAUUCCUAAUGUUCUUUCCUCGGUUGUAUUCUUGGAGUGAAAUAAACUUGUGUCUUCUUGUGCCCAAUUGUAUAUAGGAUCGAUUUUAAACGCUUGAAUUUGUCUAAGAUUUCAUUAAUGAAUCAAUAACCGAUGAUAUAAUCAAUUUUCUUAUAAAUAGCAGUUUAACUAACCAUGUUCAUGAUAGCUAAUAAGAUAAUGAAAGUUAUAGCGUAAUACAAAAGUCUUUCGAUG